AUGCAGGAAGCGUUGUGUGCAAAGGAGAAGUGGGCGAUACUGUCUGCCGAACAGCAAGAUAAGUUUUACGAGUUAAAAGAAGAGCUGGCUGAUCGUAUUUCUGCACAGGGAGGCAAAUUUCAAGAGUUUUUAGAGGAUAUCAAGAAAAUCUCUGCAAAUUUGUGGUGGUAUGAGUAUGACAAUUCAAAAACAAUGGAAAUGCUUGAUAAGGAGGAUAAGAACAUGCUGCAAAAUUCCAUCGACAAGUUGGAAACGAAGAUUACACUGAUGCACACACAAUUGGUGGAAAAAAUAAAGAGUUUCGAAGAAAGAAUGCGUAAAACGCUGGAAAAACUGCCGGAGGUAGAACGAAAUUGUGAUAAUGUAGCAGUAAGCUUUGAAAGCGCCGUGAAGGAUUUGGUAGCCUUCAACAACGCUUACAAG